ACUGCGGCCCGGGAGGCUCCGGCUGCGCGGCUGGCGCCGACUCCUCACGCUGGGAGUCCGUGGCAGCACGGCGCUGGCAAUCUGGGGUGGUGUCUCAAGUCAGGCGCUUCCUGCCUUUUCCUGGGCCCGGGUGCCCGGCUCGCGCCGCCAAGCUCCGGGAUCCCAGGUCGCCCCGCCCAGCCCCGCCGCCCGCGCCCAGCUCGGUGCGCUCGGCGUCCCCGCCCCUUUCCCCAAACCCCCACCCUCUGUGCCCUCAGGGGGGCACCCCCGUCGAGGUGGGAGGGGGUCAGCCGUGCCCCGGUCGCCGAGUGGCGAGGAGGUGACGGUAGCCGCCUCCCUAUUUCCGCCCGGCGGGCAGCGCUGCAGGGCGAGUGCGAGCAGAGAGGCGCUCGGUCCUCCCUCCGCCCGCCCGCCGGCGCCGGGGGCAGGCCCUUCCUAGCCAGCGCCUUUUUCCCCCGCACCGCGGCGCCGCUCCGCCACUCGGGCACCGCAGGUAGGGCAGGAGGCUGCAGCGCCUGCUGCCCGCCCGCCAGCCCGCACGUACAAUGGUCCCCUCGGCUGGACAGCUCGCCCUGUUCGCGCUGGGUAUCGUGUUGGCUGCGUGCCAGGCCUUGGAGAACAGCACGUCCCCCUUGAGCGCAGACCCGCCCGUGGCCGCAGCAGUGGUGUCUCAUUUUAAUGACUGCCCAGAUUCCCACACUCAGUUCUGCUUCCAUGGAACCUGCAGGUUUUUGGUGCAAGAGGACAAGCCAGCUUGUGUCUGCCAUUCUGGGUACGUUGGUGCACGCUGUGAGCAUGCGGACCUCCUGGCCGUGGUGGCCGCCAGCCAGAAGAAGCAGGCCAUCACUGCCUUGGUGGUGGUCUCCAUGGUGGCCCUUGCUGUCCUUAUCAUUACAUGUGUGCUGAUACACUGCUGCCAGGUCCGAAAACACUGUGAGUGGUGCCGGGCCCUCAUCUGCCGGCACGAGAAGCCCAGCGCCCUCCUGAAGGGAAGGACUGCUUGCUGCCACUCAGAAACAGUGGUCUGAAAAGCCCAGAGGAGGAACUUGGCCAGGUGGACUGUGGCAGAUCAAUAAAGAAAGGCUUCUUCAGGAGAGCACCACCAAAGACGCCUGCACAUGCCGCAGACCUUCCUCCUUGGCCUGCGAUCACCCGCACAGCCUUUCUGUCUUUUGUGGGCCUUCAAAACUGUCAAGAACUGUCUGCUCGGGGUUAUUCAGUGUGACCUAAAGAAGAAAUUGGUGGACCACGAUUUCAAGACUGGUUAAAAAAGAACUGUAAAGCGACAGACUCCUGCUCACCUAGGUGAGCUGUGUGCCUCAGUUGGCGUCUGAGUCCAGAGGUGUGGUUGUCUUCUGCCAGGCAUGGAUUCCGGGCUGCAUGUUUCUUUUUAAUGGCACACCUCUCCGCAACAGAAUUCUGCCCAACACAGGGGAUUUCUGUAGUUGUUACCAUUUUCUGUCAUCCGCUCACUGGGAAAGAAAGUGGAAGAGGGGAAACGACUUAAUGUCACAUGAAGACCCCAGCUUUAAGAGAAGCUGUACCCUGUAACCAUGAGACCCUCAACCAGCCCAAUAUUGUCCAUGGACACAUGACAUUGAAGACUGUCCCAAGCUAUCGCCACCCUUGGAGGUGUCUUAUUUAUUAGACGGAUAAUGGUUUUAUUUUUAGUCUCUUAAGUUGAUGUAAAAAGCAUAAAACCCCUUCAGAAUUCUACAGUAAUGAUGUAUAUGUUGCUGACUGAAAAGCUGUACUGAUUGACUAGAAAUGUCUGGCCUCUUCGAGACAGCUGCGGCUUGGGAAAAGCCAGCCAGGGUUGGGAAGAUGGAACCAGAGGCUGGGUUACUGGUAGGAACAAAGGUAGGGUUCAGAGGUGGUGCCAUUUAAGCCACAAAGCCAGUAAAUGUUCCCAGUACAUUCUGAGAGAAAACUUAGCAAAUCCCUCAGCAAGGAUCUGUCCCUUCUGCUGGGGAGAGAGGAAAAGAGUAUGUGCAUAUCUGCACGGGAUAAACCCAAUGCAUACUGCACUGCUCAGUGAUUACAUGGGCUCACUUCCUAGCGAGACCUCCGAGAGAAUGUUUAGAAAUAAAGCAUUAGCCACAAGCCGUGGGUAUUUCAGGCCAAAUGCAUAAAAGGGGGACCAGUCGCUUAUUUUCCAUUUUGUUGCUUGGUUGGUUGGUUUCUUCAUUUUUAAAAGGAGAAAUUUAACUUUGCUAUUUAUUUUCAAGCACUAGGAAAACUAUUGCAGUAAUUGUUUUUCUUCAUUUCCGUUCAGGAUGCCGUUUUUAUUAGCAAAAACUCUAACAAGUCAUCUCCACCAUGUGGGUCUUGCUUUCCACUGAAGAGAAGCAACCGUUCCCUGAGUAUCUGGGUCCAUCUGACUCACGGGGCCUGCCUCUGGGGAGCAGUGGGUCCCUGCAAAUACACAGGGAUGAUCCCCGGGAAUUUUUAUUCAAAUUUGGAAACAGAGUAACAAAUAAUAUAAACUCCUUAGGUGAGGAAAGUCUACUAAUAUUUGAAAAGUGAAAGAUUUCUACCUAUUAACUCUUAAGUGCAUCUAGCUUACUACAUCAUGAAAGGGACAUUGAAAAUAUGUCAAUUGGCUUGAAAUUUUCAGAGAAUUUUGUCCUCCCCCUAAUCCUUUUUUGAGCUGGAAGAACCAUUUCUAUGAAUUUUUUUUUUUAAUAAUUCAGACAAUUCUAUGACCUGUUUCUUCACUUUGGCACUCUUACUUAACAAUGCCACACAUGAAGCACUAAAUGCAGACCUCAGAUCUGUUCAGAGCUGGCCCCCUAGCAACGUUGUUGACACAGCUCCCGGUUUUUUAAUUAUUGAAGUAGGUUCAAGUUUGCAUUCCUUGGGCCAGUCCUACAGCAGCAGAUAUGUGGGUUGAGGCUUGACUACAGCAUCCUGCUUAGAGACCAAUUAAUGGACACUGGUUUUUAGACCCCUGUCAAUCAGUAGUUAGCAUCCAAGAGACUUUGCAGAGGUGUGAGAAGAUGAGGCUGAACAGAUGAUGGAAGCAGAGGUUCCCUGCAAAAACUUGAGAUUUAGUGUCUGUGAAUGCUUUGUUUCCUAGGUCCAGCAAGUCACACUUGCCAGUGCCCUCAUGCUUAUGUCUGUAACACACAUGCAAAGGCCUCCAAUGUAUGCCUCCCUAGAAGUGCCUUCCGAGUCAGUCUUUUGGAAACUAGUAGGUCUGAAAAAGAGGCUGCAUCAAGGCAGGCCUGGUUGGACCUUCAUCCAUGCCCCAGGAUAGGAGAGUGGCUUAUUUGGUGAUUUUUCUUCUAGAAAUCAAAUGACUGAUAAGCAUCGGAUUCCUCUACCAUUUAAUGGCAGUGGGAGUCUUUGGUUAGCUAUAAAAACGCUCCCUUCUCAGGUUAAAAAUGCAUCUUCUAAUCCAUCUCAGCAAGGUUCCCUGUGCUUCCUUGCCCUUUAGAAAAUGAAUUGUUCAUUACAAUUAGAGAAUCAUUUAACAUCCUGACCUGGUUAGCUGCCACACACCUGGCAGUGGGGAGCAUCACUGUUUUCAAUGGCUCGGGAGACAAUGAAAAGCCCCCAUUUAAAAAAACAUUUUUUUAAAAGGCCUCCAAUAUUCUUAUGGAGCCUGGUUUUCCCACUGCUUUGCAGGCUGUGACUUUUUUUAAGCAUCUGGCAGGAAAUGUUUUCUUCCACGUGGAAAGAUAGAUAGCAGCCAACCCUGAUCUGGAAGACAGGGUCCCAGCUGGACACACAUGGAACUGAGCCAGGGAUGAGCUGGCUACUGUGUCCCUGCAGGAGAGGUGGGCAGAAUGGCCCUGGAGUCCUUUCUCUUGAGAAAGGAGGAAAAGGUGGGAUUGACCCUCACCUACCCGCACUGGUAAGGGAAAAGAAUUUAUGCUUCUGGAGCUUCUCAAGGGAUUGUGCUUUGCAGGUACAGAAAACUGCCUGUUAUCUUCAAGCCAGGUUUUCCAGGGCACAUGGGCCACCGGUUGCUCUUUCAGUCAAUUUGGCAGGGAUGGACUCAUGAGGCUCUAACACUGCUCAGGAGACCCCUGCCCCCUAGUUCGUUCUGGGCUUUGAUCUCUCCCAACCAGCCCAGCCACAGAGGGAGGAAUGACUCAAAUGCCCAAAACCAAGAGGAUGUUGCAGAAGUAAGACAAACGUGUCUAUUUUUUAACAUUCUAACAUAAGACCUGUUCUCUCUGGUCAUCUACUUACCAGGCUUUCUGAAAGAUCUAGCGGUUCACAGCAGAGAGAGAGAGCACUGAAAAAGCAACUCCUCUUCCUAGUCUUAAUAAUUUACUAAAAUGGUCAACUUUUCAUUAUUAUAAUAAACCUGAUGCUUUUUUUUAGAACUCCUUACUCUGACUUCUGUAUAUGUUGCACUGAAAAGGUUAAUAUUUAAUGUUUUAAUUUAUUUUGUGUGGUAAGUUAAUUUUGAUUUCUGUAAUGUGCUAAUAUGAUUAGCAGUUCUUUUCCUUAAUAUCUGAAUUAUAAAGAGUAGUGAGCAAUAUAAGAUGCAGCUGUGUUUUUCAGUAAUGUGCAUUGUUAUUCAGUUGUACUGUACCUUACUUGGAAGGAUGAAGGAAUGAAUCUUUUUUUCCUAAA